AUGCCAAGCUGCAAGAAUUUGCUGCUAGCGAUGGUUCUUCGUAAUCGGCGGCGUAAAUCCAAAUCCAAAAGACAAAAGCUCACUCACAAUGAGCGUAAGUCUCUGCUUUCAGAGAGUGCACCAACAGAGGAAGAAGAAGAAGACGGAGCAGGGUUCAAGCUGAAAACUAGAGAAACCUCGCGCGAGCAUGGAGUUCAACCUCUCGGGAACCUCUAUUUCGUCAAUCGGGGCGCGGUGAAUGUUAGAAACACUGGAUUAGGGUAUCUCCAUGGACUCACCGACGAGCUCGUUGUGGAUAUCCUAGGGCUUCUCGAUGCGACCAGUUUGGGUAAUUUAGCUGCUGUAAACAAAUCUCUCUAUAUUUUCGCCAAUCACGAGCCUCUCUGGAGAAAUCUCGUGUUAGACGAGUUAAAAGGAGAGUUUUUGUUUGCCGGGUCGUGGAAAUCGACCUAUGUAGCUGCUCGCCACCCGAAAUUCCAGUUAACCGGAGCUGGUGAGUCGGUUUUGAAGAUUAGAGAUUUCUAUUCCGAUUACCUGUUUCAGAGCUGGUUGUGUGCUAAUCUGGAAAUGAAACCGGAAUGGCUUGAGAGAGACAAUAUCGUCCGUGUGAGAGGCAUUUCCGUUGAAGACUUCAUCGCGGAGUUUGAAGAACCGAAUAAACCGGUUCUAUUGGAAGGAUGUUUGGAUGAUUGGCCUGCGAUUGGGAAAUGGUCGAGAGAUUAUCUGAUUAAGGUGGCUGGUGAUGUGGAAUUCGCAGCCGGUCCGGUUGACAUGAAGCUGGAGAACUAUUUCAGGUACUCUGAUGGAGUUAGUGAAGAAAGGCCAUUGUACUUGUUUGAUCCCAAGUUUGCAGAGAAAGUUCCGGUUUUGGACUCGGAGUAUGACGUUCCUGUGUAUUUCAGAGAGGACUUGUUUAGUGUUCUUGGAAACGAGCGACCUGAUUAUAGAUGGAUCAUCAUUGGACCGUCCGGUUCAGGAUCUUCUUUCCACAUUGAUCCUAACUCGACGUCUGCUUGGAAUGCUGUGAUCACAGGGUCGAAGAAAUGGGUUUUGUUCCCACCGGAAGUGGUUCCUCCGGGAGUGCACCCGAGUCCUGAUGGAGCGGAAGUGGCGUGUCCUGUUUCGAUAAUGGAGUGGUUCAUGAACUUUUAUGGUGAGACUAAGAAUUGGAAGAAGAGACCUAUUGAGUGUAUUUGCAAAGCCGGGGAGGUUAUGUUUGUACCUAAUGGAUGGUGGCAUCUUGUGAUUAACUUGGAGGAAUCCAUUGCCAUUACUCAGAAUUAUGUUAGCAGGAGGAAUUUGUUGAAUGUGUUGGAGUUUCUGAAGAAACCGAAUGCUAAAGAGCUCGUCUCCGGAACGAAUGACAGAGAGAAUCUGCAUGACAAAUUCAAGAAGGCCAUUGAAGGAGCUUACCCCGGGACUAUUCAAGAGUUGGAGAAGAAGGCAGAAGAAGAGAGAAGAGCUGAAGAAGAGAAAGUUACUUUCUGGGACUCUGCAUCAGAUUCCAAAUCUGGUGCUUUCAAGUUUUCUUUCUAA